AAAAAACUGUUUUUUCUUCUUGUUGUUGUGGUUUUUUGUUGCGAGAAAACGCUAUCUUUGCUUUGGGAAUCACAAAUUCACAGGAAAAGAAGAACUGGGUCUUUUGAGUUUGUGGCAUUUGAAGUUUGGAGAGUGAACUUCUUUCCUUUUUUGAUCAAAGUGGUGUGUCGUUAAGAGUGAUUUUUUUGUUGUUGGGAUAAUUGUCGUUUGAGUUUGAAGAAGAGUUGGUUUUGGUGAAAUGGGUGAAGCAGAGAUUAACGCUUCUGUGAUUAAGAGGACGCUCAAGAGUCUUUGUGUUAGUAAUGCUUGGUCUUAUGCCGUUUUCUGGCGCUUUGAUCACAGAAAUCCCAUGUUGUUGACUGUGGAAGAUGCCUACUAUGAAGACCAAGUUGGGGCAGUGCUUGACAAUAUGCUUCUCAUGGUCCACUUGCUUGGAGAAGGAACAAUUGGCCAAGCUGCUUUAAGUGGGAAGCACCGAUGGAUUCUUGAGGAUGAUCAAAGUGGGGAAUGGGAUUCCGUUAGAUCUAGUGAAAUUAGAGAGACAUUUCAGGACGAUUCUGACGUCUCCUUUCAGUUUUCCUCUGGAAUAAAGACAAUUGCAGCAAUACCAAUAGAACCAAGAGGAGUAGUACAAUUUGGAUCUACUGAGAAGAUUUGUGAAAAUUUUGAAUUUGUUGAUCAGACAACAAGGCUAUUUCGGGAUAUCGAAAAUCUCUCUGCGCUUAACCAUUUGGAAAAUGCACAUUCAUCUGAAGAAGGUGAAAUGUAUGACAUAAACGGGUUGUUUGCUUCCUUAAUUUCGAAUAACAGGGCCAUUCCACUUUCUGGUUUUGACUACAAUGAGAUGCAAGGAAACAAUUGUUCUGCAAUGAAUUCUAGUCAAUCAUCUCCUUCCACAUCUGAUGUUCACAGUGGAAGAAUGGAGUUUUCAAACAUGAAUUUCGAGCAGGCGCUUCUACGAUCUACCUGUUCUGUUAACAAUGCCUCUAAUACUGAAUAUCCCACUUUGGCUUCACACAACCACAAUUCGGCGUCGGAAUCAAGACUUCAAGUUUCUCCGGAUGUAAUUCUUUGGAAAGGAAAUUCACUUGAAUCUUGCAGAAACACAGAACAUGAUGUCAUGGAGUAUAGCAUGGGAGCAUUGACCGAGACAGAAAGAAAUCUUCAAGCCAGCUCGAGGAAUCUGACCGGCAACCAGCAUUCUGUGCCCUCAGUUUUUGCCACACAAAGUGGAGUUUCGGAACAAGCUAAUAGCUUGGAAAGGUUUCCCGAGUUAUUUGAGGAGUUUAAAUCGGCCGAUUUCACAACUGAUCUCUUUAAUUUCUGCCAGGGGGAUGAUCUUUCCCAGUGGUUUGCUUCCUCACCAGAUCAGAACAUCGGCCAGAUGGUAAAUGCACUGAGUGGUGAGCUGACACAGUUAGUUGAAAGCACUUCAACAUCUUCAUGUCUUGUUGGAGGUGAUAUGGCCAUUGAACAAAAUCCAGCUAAAAAAGACAUGUUUCAUUCUCAGAAACUUAAUGUUGGUUGUGAUCAAACUAAAGAGAGCUGGGAAGAUAUUUUGAUGCCGUUAAUGGCUGGUAAUAACUGCCCCACUACAAGUUCCGCAUCUGGAAAGUGUGUCUUGGCGUCAAAUGCUACUACAUCCAUGUCUGGUCCCAAGAAAGGGUUAUUCUCAGAGUUAGGACUUGAAGAGCUUUUGGUUGGUGCAAGCAGUUCUAGUUGUUUGACGAAAUCAAGUUUUGAAGAUCAGUCAUCAACCCCCGCUAAGAGACGGCGCAUAGAAAGUUCAUCUGUCAAAUGUAGCCAAUCUCAGAUGAGUUUGUUGCAGUAUAACCUGGACAAGGCAGACAAUCUUAUGACCAAGAAAGAACUUCCAAAAUCUCAGGUCGGUUUGUGGAUUGAUGAUAGCUACAGCCUUACUGCUGCAAGUGCGGUUCUAUCACAAACACAGAAGCCUGAGGAGCAAAAGAAGAUUACGAGGAAAAGGGCAAGGCCAGGGGAGAGUACUCGACCGAGGCCCAAGGAUCGUCAGCUGAUCCAAGAUCGUAUCAAAGAGUUAAGGGGGAUCAUUCCUAAUGGUGGCAAGUGUAGCAUUGAUUCUUUGUUAGACCGGACCAUCAAGUACAUGGUUUUCCUGCAAGGGGUGACAAAGCAUGGAGACAAGCUUAGACAGUCCAAUGAGCCUAAGCUAAUCGGCAAUGAGAAUGGCGUGCCUCUAAGAGACAACAAAAGUAGUGGUGGUGGUGGAGCUACAUGGGCUUUUGAAGUUGGGGGUCAAUCAAUGGUUUGCCCAAUUAUAGUUGAAGACCUAAAUCCACCUGGCCAAAUGCUUAUUGAGAUGCUUUGUGAGGAGCAAGGAUUCUUUCUUGAAAUAGCAGACAUAAUUCGAGGAUUCGGGUUAAGUAUAUUGAAAGGAAUGAUGGAACUCCGAGAGAACAAGAUAUGGGCGCAUUUUAUUGUUGAGGCAAAGAGUCAUGUGACAAGAAUUGACAUAUUUUGGUCACUUGUCCGGCUUCUACAGCAAACAAGUACUAAUGGGAUUGAUUCAACUAAUCAGCCAAGUAAUGUUAUUUUAGAUGGUGGGAUUCCUCAACUGGACAGUUACCAAAAGCCGAACUUACCACCUCCGAUCUGCUUGACAGAAACGCUUCACUGAUGGGAUUCGGGGUGUUUACAUUAGGUUUUGAGGGAUACCUUGAGCAUUCAGCGCCGAAGAGAGCCUGCCAUGAUGGGUGUUCUCGCAUGGAAGAGCCUUCACAAACAAAGAGGAAAAAAAAGUCUUUUCCAUUCCAUAGCCAUUAUCUUGUAGGUGGGACUGAAAUGUGCAUUUUGGUUAUUUAGACUGGGAAAAAAAAAAGUCAGAGAAAAGAAGAUGACCAUUCUGAAGUGUGCACUAGUUCCCACUGAAAAAAGGCUGUACAAGAAACAGAAAGAGAAUCAUAAAUACAAGUUUUGGUGGAUAGUUUGAGGGCAUCAGAUUGGACCCUUAUAAGAGGGAAAAGAUAGCAUAUGGAGGUUUUGUGAGCUAAUUAUCUUCUGUUUUCAUUCCUUUUUGAAGGUUUUGCAUUAGCUUCGUUACCUAUUAUUAGGUUACUCCUGUCAUAACCUGUUUAUAUUCAGAAAGGUGUUAAACAACUUAGUCAUAGGCUAACAGCUCAUUUGUUGUUUCAUGGCGUUUAUAUAUGUUUUUGUUUGAUAAUGAUAUA